AGCCGGUGACAUGAACAAGGUUGCGCUCACGCUCAGUUUUCCAGGAAUGGGCACACGCACACGGCGCUGUUUCUGAAUGUAACCUUUUUUUUUCUUUUCAUUUCUUUCUUUUGUUUUUCUUUGCGUAUCUCCAUUUUUUCAAAAUAACCAAAUCGCCAUGGCUUGGCCGUGCAUCAGUAGAGUGUGCUGUCUGGCUCGGUUCUGGAACCAGUUAGAUAAAUCGGAUCUUUCUGUACCUCUGACUAUUCAGAACUACUCGGACAUCUCCGACCAAGAGGUUCGAUCCGUGACCAAGCAGGUGCCAACGGAUCUGGUUCCGAGAAACAACUAUUCCACCCCGGACCAUCGUGGCUCCCCGCCGGCAGCGGGGGAAGCUACAGGGAACCGGAGAUCUCUUAGGGGACGGAAAGAGCCCAGCUUCAAACCCAGAGAGGAUUACCAGCCGUCAGGCGUGCCUUUCCAGAGUGUAACCCAGUAUAAACAGGAUUUCAAACCCUGGCCCAUUCCUAAAAAGGAGAAUUUCCCUUGGAUUAGCAAUGGCGGGAAAUCGGGUGACAGCAUUUCGGAUAGCCCCAUAAACAGUCACCCUAAUGCACACCCACAUACGAAGGAUGAAAGGGUGGAGAGAGAUGAGCGGAGCAGGGCGCCCAAGUGGGGAGAAGAGCAUGGGACUGGAAUAGCCAAAACCAGCUCUUACAGGCAGGAGUACAGGGCGUGGACGGGGGCCAAACCAGCCAAGAGCACCAGGAAGCCCCCUCCAGCGCUGUACGCCAGCCCCGGCCAGGGGGUCACCCACCCCUACAGCAGCCCUGGGGCUGGGGCGCCCCACCUGCCCCCGGAGACCAGCUACCAGGCCGCCUUCAGCGGUGGAGAGGCCCACAGGCACCCAGAGCUGCAGCACCAGGGGGACCACACCACCACCAACGCAGCCACCCCCACCCUCCAGCCCAUCUCUGCCCCCCUGCAGCCCAGCCCCGUGCCCUGCAGCCUGCAGCAGAGCAGCCUGUCUGAGAGGCCCGAGCUCAGUGUAAGCACCAGGGGAGAGGUGCAGUUGGUGAAGACCAAGCUCUCUCCAAAUCCCUCCGCCGUGUUUCAAAGUGGACCGAGGAUCUUCAACAUCUAAAGUUUCAAAAUCAAGCAUUCCACUGGGCGCAGAGUCACAAUCUGUCUGUUCCACACGCCACGAGCAAUCUAUGCAACGGAAUGUUCUAGACAAGUAAGGCAUUGUCUGUAGAAUGUCUUCAAUUAUGUAUUUGUUGAAAGAGGAUAACAAACCAGAUGUCACAAACAAUAGAAUACUUUUACAAUCCUAUCCCUAUUGCUAUGGAAUUGAAUAUGCAUGUGAGAAAAUAGUUUGAAAACAAGCUUUUGCAGUAUUAAGACACUCAAAAGAGAAACUGGCUGCUUGCUAUAUUGUGUGUCGCCUGUUAGUACAGUAUGUAUGUUUCUGUAUGUACAGUAUGUGUACACCUGUUCCUUUGGAAUGAUUUGGUCGUAUCCUGUGUGUGUCCACUCUGGCCAUUGUAAGAGGGUGGGGCUGCUUGAUGUUCAGUGUAAACUCACAGCACUUUGCCCUAAAAGUAUAUAGUGGUUUCUUUGAUCUCUGCUAGCCUUUGAUUAAAUUACAACAAACUUUGAAUUAUUUAUUUGCUUUAUAUUCAACUAGUUUACAAUUUUGCAAGAGUCAAUUUGUUCUAGUUUCAUUUUGUAAAAAAUUGUUGUUUAAAGAAAACAAAGAUGAAGUAUAUGAUGUAAAUGCCAUUAAAAUAAAAGAAUAUUAGGUUCUUAUAAAAAUGGAUUUACCGAGUCAUUCGUCCAUCCUAAUCAUCGUCAUCAUGGGUCUCUCAUGAUGAUGGUGCCUACAUGUUCUGUGUUGUGUCUCUCGAAGCACCUAGGUGCUCUUAUGUGAAGAGUGAACACAGGAGAUAGAUGAAGACCUUUUGCAUGUCAGUCUAGUGUACCAGUGCUGGAUCCAACUAUGUAGAGCUGCAGCCCCUUAUUGACUGUGAUGCUGAUGAUGACAACGGUUUUUCCUGUCAUGUAAGACGCACAGAUCCUGUAGCACAGCAGGAGCCCUCUUUCUCUGUGUGUUCAAGCAUGAAAGACAGUGAGAAGAGGCCGUAUGAAAAGAGCCAUUUAAUCAGAAUGAUUCAUAUCCUCCAGGAACACUGUGAAGCGUGCUCCAAAAGGUGCUCCAUGUUCAUCAAGACAGCUGGUAAAUGCAUGAAUUCCCUGCCGGAGUCUAGGACUCCAGGAGUCUGGGACCAGGACAGGGCAGCUGGGCAGGCCUGGAUCCAGGCAGGCAGCAGGGAUGGAGAUGGUGCCUCUCAGCCAGGUUAGGUGGGCCCAUGUCAGCUACUCAAUAGCGGAUAGUGACCCCUCGAGCAGAGGGCUCUCACUGGCUGGUCAUGCAAGCAGUCUCCAUCCCCACCUCUGCCCUGUGGGUUAGUCUCUGUCCUGUAGUCUAGCAUCUCUGCCUCUUAAUCUGCCAUCUCUGUCCUGCAAUCUACCGUCUGUACCGUCAUCUACUGUCUCUGUCCUGUGAUCUCCACACUUCUUCAUUUUCCUCUUUUGGCCAUUUUGGUGCUUGGGUGUCUCUGCCCUGGUAACAUCUGUGGUAGAAAAACCUUGUGUAGAAAUGAAACACAGGUUUGUAAACAGGUUCUGUUCUAUUACAAGAAUAUUGAUCGUAUUUUUGGUGAGCACUAAAAAAAAGGAAAUACAACAGUCAGAUAAAUUCUACAAUACAUUAAAUUUGGUCAAACAGGCAAUACGACCACUCAGGCCAGAGGACACACACACACACACACACACACACACACACACACACACAACACGCAACAGGUCAACUUCCAGUAUCACACAACUGCAUACACAACACUUCAACAACUCAGCACACAGCCAUUUUCAUCCGUAAUACUGUACACUUACUAUUACAAACUCAUCCAUUCAUACAGACCAUACACCACUAUUAUGACUUUGCUGGUUUAAGGGAUUGAUUUACAAUUAAACAAAAACAGAAUUAUGAGACGUUCAUACAGUACUCAACUUGGUCAUACAUUUGGGUUAUCACAGCAUACAUACUGCCAACAUAUGGAUCACAAAAUGCACUUGUAUUUGACAAGGGAGUCAAACCAGGUC